AUGGAAGCAAAGACGCUCUCGACAGUCAUGUUCACAAAGCCUAUAUUAGACGCGACUUCAAACUCAGACUCUUCAGUUGCGGCCAUUGCAAAGACGCACUGA